UAGUAUAAAGUCCCUUUUCUGUUUGUCAUUUAAUUUUGUUUGAAGGUAACCGGAUUUUGUUUGUGAUUUAACUAAUUUGGAACAUUUAGCUUAUUUAUCUUCUGAGUAAAAUACAACUGUUUUUAAAUCAUGUUAUUUCCACGUUUGAUUUGUGCUCGAGCAACUAUUAGCAAUCAACUACUUGGCCGGGCUAAUGCAGUUCUUCCCAGAAUAGCCAUGGCUUCAAGCUCAUCGUCGCCAUCACAACCUGAACAAGAUUUUUUUACGAAGAAUUCUCGGCUAAAUCGUCCUAUUUCACCUUAUACAAUAUAUCAACCUCAAUUAACCUCGGUCCUAUCAAUAUCUCACCGGGUUAGUGGUGUUGCAUUAUCUGUGGGAAUUUACGCUAUGGGUAUUAGUCAGCUGUUUGCUUCAACUCCAUUUGCUCAUCAGCUGGAAUCAUUGUCGACUUCAAUCCCAUCUAUAUUAAUUAUCACAUCUAAAAUAUUAGUUGCAUCUGGCUUUGGGUUCCAUUUCGCCAAUGGCAUACGUCAUCUCUUUUGGGAUAUGGGAUUUGGAUUUGGCCUUAAAGAACUCUACACUUCAGGUUAUGCAGUUCUCGGUAUUACAGCUCUGGUGACCCUUUACGCUAUUUUCAAUCUUUAGUUUGUUCUCCAUGUUAUAAAACAUGGUUUCCAAAUACUAAACUACCCGUAACCAAUUGCUACCCAUCGGUAGAGGAUGAAAUCGUUACAAUUUCAUUCUUAACUCAACGAAAUGAGAGUUAAAAAUGUUGAUAACUGUAGAAAUAAAGUGUAAUAAAAUAAAAUUAUUAACACCAAGUUAAAUUAUAAA